CUCACUGUCCUGGGCUAAGCAGUGGUGUGCGGAGGUGCGUGCAGCGCAGUACCCGGACGACUGUUCCGGAAUGCUGCAGGCUUCCGGAAUGUUGCAGGCUUCCGGAAUGCUGCAGGGUUCUGGAAUGCUGCAGCUGGGUCCGAUGCAGCAGCGGCGCAUGCGACGUCACCGCACCAUCUUCACUGAGGCCCAACUGGACGCCCUGGAACAGCUGUUCACACAGAACCAGUACCCCGAUAUACACACACGCGAGGAGCUGGCCCGCCACACACACCUGAGGGAGGAGAGAGUGGAGGUGUGGUUUAAGAACAGGAGAGCAAAGUGGAGAAGACAGAGGAGACACUCACUAGGAGGCCUACAGGAGGCACAGUGGACACCUGACAUGUAGACAC